AUGUCGUCACAGUUAGAUCUGUAUGACCCUCUCGAUGUCAUCGGCACAGGCUCCUUCGGCAUCAUUAGGAAAGUCCGUCGGAAGUCAGACGGUGUCAUUUUAGCAAGGAAGGAGCUCAAUUUCGAGCGAAUGUCAGACAGAGACCGCAAGCAAAUUGUCUCAGAAGUUAACAUCCUCAAGGAGCUCAAUCACGAGCACAUUGUCCGCUAUCACGACCGACAUGUCGACCGCGAAGCAGGCAUUCUCUACAUCCUCAUGGAGUACUGUGGAGGUGGCGACCUGUCUUCCGUCAUCAAACAAGCCCAGCGACACAACCAACCAAUUCCUGAAGACACCGUCUGGAACUACUUCAUGCAGCUACUUCUCGCAUUGAAUCACUGUCAUCAUCCCAAUGGACACGGCCGGCCCUCAACCACCGGUAGUGAUUAUGAGGGGAAGGAACGGCGGCCACAGAUCCUGCACAGGGAUCUGAAACCAGACAAUGUAUUUCUGGAUGAGAACAACACUGUCAAACUCGGUGACUUCGGUCUCUCGAAAGCCCUCGCUCAGGCCAGCUUCGCAAAUACCUAUGUCGGCACACCAUAUUACAUGUCCCCCGAGUUGAUGCAAGAGAGAGCUUAUGACUCCAAGUCGGAUAUGUGGUCGCUCGGUUGCCUCAUAUACGAGCUCUGCGCACUCAGGCCCCCAUUCCACGAAGCCAAGACACACGCGGAACUCAGUAUUCUCAUCAGGAACGGACGGAUACCCCCACUGCCGAAGGGGUACAGUCAAUCAUUGUCGAGUGUCAUCAAGACAAUGCUCAACCUGAACCCUGCAAUGCGGCCGUCCGCAGGCCAGUUGCUCGGACACGAGCGACUGGAACUCGCCUUCAAAGUCUCUGAGACCCAGAAAAUGUUGAAUCAAGUCAAGGCUCAUAAGGCCAACCUACAAGCUAGAGAGCGUGAUAUUGUUGCGCGAGAAGCUGCGAUAGCGGAGAAGGAAACACGCCUAAACGCGCUACUCACAGAGAAGGAGACUCGCGCAAAAGCUCUUCUCUCGCAGAAAGAUGAGGAAAUCGCAACCCUCCGCUCACAAGCCGCAAACACAGAAGCUGCACAGCUCAUGCGCAUACGCGAGGCCGUGACACGGCGCGACGAGGAGCUCCGGGCGAUGGUGUUGAAGCAGGAGGCGGAGGUCGCUGCUCGGAUGGCGCGUCGCGAGGAAGAAAUAAUGGAGGCGGUGCGCAGGCGCGAGGAGGAGAUCACGCAGAUGUGGAUAGAGUGGGAGACCAAGGCACGGGAAGCGAUGAGCCGCGCCGUGGAGGAACGUAUGGAGUGGGUCCAGCAACGGGCGGAGGAGCUGGAACAUGAAAGGGUGCGUUUGCAAGCCUUGGAUGAGGAGCUGCAGAAGAAGAUAGCUGUGCUGGAGUCCGAGAGCACACAGCGAGCAGGCAUGUCGAAGACCAAGACGGCGCUUCAAGAGGUGAAGAACAUCAUGGCUACUGCUCGUCUCUCGGAAUCGCCAGAGCCUAUAUCGUCUCGUGCUCUAUCCAGAUACUCUGUGCUAGAGACCCCUACCCAGAAGGUGCCUCUCCUGUCUGUGGAGACGCCGGUCCCGAAGCUACUCGCACCUCCGUCUGCGAUGAAAGGCGUCAUCUUGACUGCUACGGGACAGCCCAUUGCCACACCUAGCCCCGCGGAACUGACGAAACUGUUCAUCGGGACCCCCAGGAUCCGUCUGAAUUUUGCCCAGGUAUUCGACUACGAUUCUGAGGCAGAAGAUGAUGACGGAGACAAUAACGGCGAUGAGAGUGACACUUGUGUGCCAUCACCAGCGCACGAAGAGCAUGCGGAUGAUACCACCCCGCAGCCCUCGCCUGCUGUCAGACCGACGCGUCUGCGGCGCCCAUCCAUGAUCCGCGCGUCGACGAGCCGCCCGACCGUGGAAGCUGCUGCUGCGGCUGCAUCAGAGCCCAAGCGUAGCAGGCGAUCGAGCACUCGUGCCUCAUCCUCACAGAUGUCCGAGCCCGCGUCCAAGGUCCAUUCGACAUCGACUGCGCGUGCUGCCGUUGUUCCCCAGCCCGCGCCCGAAUACAACUUGUCCGACGAGGAGAACCUACCAAGCCCCUUCAUCAAAAAGGUGGACCGCGACCGUAUCUCGCGGACGGUGUCUGCACCAGCGCGAGCUGCUCCGAACGUACCAUUCCCGCGCAACGCUCCGCGAAGAAGUGGGCCGACGCUUCGCACGGUGGCGGUGGUCAACGCAGCGAAUGCUGCCAAUUCUGCGAGCACGGCUGGGAGUGGUCGUAGGGUCAGCUUGAACAAAACCGGCAUCAAGUCCGUCUCAAGUACGCAUCCGCGCUCCUCCAUCGUCAAGGCGCAAAGAGCAAGUGAAGAGGCAAGGAAGGCAUUGAUCCGGUCGUGA